AUGCCAUUGUUUGGAACACCAAAAAAGCCUCUUCAAAAACGAGGUUUUGGGCAAGCCCUUGAAAAAGGGUGGUCAGGGAACAAGCCAAUUUACCAUAUAGCUAUCACUAAUGAAGUGUUUGAUGAUUACGAAGAAUAUGUUAAUAGAGCAAUCAUGUAUAAACUCCAAAUUUGGAGUUGUCAAUACAGCGGAAAAGACAACAUGACAUACGAGCAAGCUCUUGAAUGUGAAAAAGAACAAAAAAUCAAGCAUCUUUUCAAGUUCUAUCCGAGAUACAUACUCCGUCAUAUUUGCUACAUGAUUCAUAACUGUAGAAGAGGAGAGACAGUGAAAGAUUUGGUGUACCGGAUAUCUAAGUUUUUUGAGUACAACUUUGUUGAAGGAGAAGAACUUUUUUGUGAAUUAGAUACCACUAUAUCUGUUGUCUUAAGAAGAAUUCUCUUGAAAAAAGCUAAAUAUUACAUCGAAGAUCCAAAUUUCCCUCCCUUCCCUACUCCUUUGUAUAUAACGGAUGCUGACCAAAAUCAAAUUGAAGUUUUCCAUCAAACAAAAGCACAAGAACAUUAUUAUGACUAUGAUCCACAAAAUAUCGGUUUUGGAACUCAAGGAAAACUUUAUGAAGUAGAAGUUUUAUCCAACAACUCUCCAUUUGAAAAUCGAGUAAUUGUUGUUUAUUAUUCAGUGCUCCUGAGAAAACAAGUCUCUUUAAUCGAAACGCAGGAUAAGCUUACACAAUGGAUUAUGGAGAAUACGUAUUAUGAUGAAUCAUCAGAUUGCAUUCGAUUGAAGCAGGAGUUUGUGGAUCAUUUCAAAUUAGAGCCACAUCAAUCUAAAGCAGAUAAAAUUCCAACAUUUCAAAAGAAUUUGGAAGAAGAGAUGGAAGACAUUUACAAAUUCAAAAAAGGGUUAGUUCGAUCUGUGAACGAUUUGAAAUAUCAUCAUGUUGACAAACUUGGGAAAAUCAUGACUGAUAUUAAGGAAAUUGAACAAUCUCUUAGAGCAUCCUCCUCAUCUAAUUUUGAACCUAGUCACAAUAACGUCUCCCAAAAGAAUCAUGUACAUAUAGGAAUGAACGGAACCGAAACAAAGAUUAUUCAGCCCGCGGUUAAUCCAUUAUUAUUACCAAAAGAAGACGGUACAAUACUGGACGAAUAUAUCACAUCUAGGAGCAAAUCAAAAUCGGACAGUCACUUUCCGAAACCUCAUUAUGAGUAUAUUAUAACACAUGUGGAAGCCAUUCCCGAAGCUUUAAAUGUUUUUAACUUUUUGAACGUAUUCAGAGAUUCAUUGAAAAUUUUACCGUUCACCUUUGACGAAUUCCAACAUUCUCUCGAAUGCAAAUCCGAAAACAAUCCUCUUCUUCGAUCAAUACUAAGCGCAAUGCUACUAUUCUUAUUUUUCGACAAGGGCACAAACAAACAGGACGUUAAUCGUUCAAUUUACAAGAUGAAAAAGUUAUACAACCAAGUGAGAACAAAGGAACAACGAAUCAUUAAUCUUCCAUCAAGAAAACAAGUUAUUAAUCGAGAAGCCACCGUUUAUAUUUCUCAAGCCAUGCCUGUUAUUUUACUAAGAGAGUAUUGGAGAGUAUUCAUGUCCCAUGAAAUGAUUGACAUUCCUGAUGAGGAGGAAACCACUACCACAACCACCUCAGAAAGCAAUGGCACUACAGAAGCACCCGCUGAAGGAGCUACUGCUGAUCAAUCCACUUCACAUACUCCAGAAGACUCUAAACAAGAAACCAUCAAACAAAAUGACAACACUGACGUCUCAACAAUUAAUCCCGCCAUGCAAGUAGAAGAAUCAAAGCAAGAACCACACCCAGCCGAACAACAGAAAGACUCUGCUGCUGAAGUUGAAUCAACAACAGCUUCCUCAGCCACCACCUCCAAUACCACUAACCCUCCAGAGAACACAAUGUCCAAUCACAAUCAUGAAAAUAACCACACUACUACAAAUGUCAAAGAGGAGAAAACAGAAAGCGGCGUCAAACAAGAAACGACGGAUUCACAAAAGACUGUUACAAAACCUCCAAACUUGAUAGCCUCAGUCAUGAAAUUUAUCAAAGAUGACAAUUAUCACAAUGAGAAUGAGAUUAACUUUUUCACAGAUUUGGAAUCCAAUGCUAAAAUUUAUAUUUUGAGUAAGCUUACUGAACAGUGCAUCCUAAGCGCAACUGUUAGAGAAUACAUUGAUGAAAAUAUAGAGCAAAUGCGGAGACUCAAACGACAACGAAACAUUGAAAACAAUGAUGACAUUGAGAGACAAAAAGAAGAAGCAUCCAAACAAGAGGCUGAUGAAUCAUCUAAUAACAAUCGACGAUUUACAAGUGAAGAGGUCAGAACACGAAAGGUGGAACGAGAGAAAAACUAUCAAGUACUGGUAAAUCAGCAUAUCAUACGAGCAAAACAACUAGGUUUUGAUAGAUUCUUCAACAGAUAUUGGUUUUUCCCUUCUUUCACAGGAUUACUUUUUGUAGAGCCAUGCUCUCCUUUCAGAGUGUUCGCUAACAACUAUGCUGAAGAUCCUGUGGACACACGCCCAUGGGGAUUUUAUUCGUCCAAGAAGGAAAUUGAAAAACUUAUUUCUGUACUUGAUCCAGCUGGCUUCCGUGAAAAGAAACUCUUGAACAGUCUCCUUAAAAACAAGGAAGAAAUAUACAAACAAGUAGAAUUGAGACAUGCCAUUGUUUCCAAGCUCUCAGCCUCAACCGAAGCCUCUGAGAAUGCCAUGAAGGAUGAAGAAGCAACUGCGUUGGUACCUCCAUCCACGGAUGCAACAACCAACACUUCUACCAUUUCUGUGACUGAUCAUGACACAGAGUUUGUUGAAAACAAGAUGGCUGUUGAUGCUGACUCUACAGAUUCGCCAUCCUCAAAAAAGCGAAAACAUAUGGAUGACAGUCAAUCAGACAUGAGCGAAGUAUCUUCAAGCUCAGCUCAACCAAAUACUAAGAAAACCAAAACAGAACAAACCCUCUCAGAACAAGCAAAGAAUAUCAAAGUAUUCAUUCCUUCCUCUCAAUCUUUUGCUCCUGAUGCGUUCCUUUUCUACAAGAAUACUUUGGAAGAGGUCAUUCCUCAAGACUCUGAAUGUUUCAUUGUAGAGACAGAAGAAGAGGAUGAAGACGAAUAA